GGACAAGGCUCGGCCCAUUCGAAGGCUUAAUCAGAAAGAAAAUCCUUGCAUCCAGGUUCAGCAAGAGAAGCUUGAAAGGCCCUUGAGUUUACUACAAAAUAGAAACGUCAUCCAUCGAGACCCAAAAUUGAUUGCCCUGGAAAGUACUAGAAUCUUCCUUCGAAUCCUUUAAAUACGCAACCCUAUCCCACUUUCACCAAACAAGAAAUACAAGAAGUAGGUUUUAAUUCUCAAAACACCAGCCGUCAAAGCAGUUCCAAGAAAUUGAAAAGAAAAUGUCUCUGAUUCCAAUUUUCUUCGUCAACCGACAAGGCAAUAACUUUGAUUCAUUCUCUGCAGAUGUAUGGGAUCCCUUCAAGAAUUUCCCAUCACUCUCCCAAGAGAACUCCGAUUUUGUCAACGCUCGUGUUAACUGGAAGGAGACCCCGGAAGCCCAUGUGUUCACGAUCUACUAUCUAGACAUGACGAAGGAGGAAGUGAAAGUGGAGAUUGAAGAUAACAGGGUGCUUCAUAUCAGCGGUGAGAGGAAUGUUGAGAAGGACAAGAAUGACAUAAGGCUUCUCAUGAAGCGGAGAAGUGGCAAGUUCUCGAGGAGGUUUAGCUUCAAGGAGAAGGUGAAGAUGGAUCAAGUUAAAGCUUCUAUGGAAAAUGGGGAUCUCACCGUCACUGUUCCUAAAGUUGAAGUGGAUUCAUUCUCUGUAGAUGUAUGGAUGAACCGACAAGGCAAUAACUUUGAUUCAUUCUCUGUAGAUCUAUGGGAUCCCUUCGAGAAUUUCCCAUCACUCUCUCAAGAGAACUCCGAUUUUGUCAACGCUCGUGUUGACUGGAAGGAGACCCCGGAAGCCCAUGUGUUCACGAUCUACUAUCUAGACAUGACGAAGGAGGAAGUGAAAGUGGAGAUUGAAGAUAACACGGUGCUUCAUAUCAGCGGGGAGAGGAAUGUUGAGAAGGACAAGAAUGACAUAAGGCUUCUCAUGAAGCGGAGAAGCGGCAAGUUCUCGAGGAGGUUUAGCUUUAUGAAGAAGGUGAAGAUGGAUCAAGUUAAAGCUUCUAUGGAAAAUGGGGAUCUCACCGUCACUGUUCCUAAAGUUGAAGUGGAUUCAUUCUCUGUAGAUGUAUGGAGCAACCGACAAGGCAAUAACUUUGAUUCAUUCUCUGUAGAUCUAUGGGAUCCCUUCGAGAAUUUCCCAUCACUCUCUCAAGAGAACUCCGAUUUUGUCUACGCUCGUGUUGACUGGAAGGAGACCCCGGAAGCCCAUGUGUUCACGAUCUACUAUCUAGACAUGACGAAGGAGGAAGUGAAAGUGGAGAUUGAAGAUAACACGGUGCUUCAUAUCAGCGGGGAGAGGAAUGUUGAGAAGGACAAGAAUGACAUAAGGCUUCUCAUGAAGCGGAGAAGCGGCAAGUUCUCGAGGAGGUUUAGCUUUAUGAAGAAGGUGAAGAUGGAUCAAGUUAAAGCUUCUAUGGAAAAUGGGGAUCUCACCGUCACUGUUCCUAAAGUUGAAGUGGAAAAGCCUAAUUUCAAGACCAUUCACCAUUCAAAUGUCUGAUUGAAGUUUUAAGUGCCUUAAACAUGAAAAAUCCUAUAAAUAUGUUUUAAGGAAUUGGUGGUCGCAGUUAAUGUCGGAAGUUGUCAGUAGAAUAUGAAAUAUCCUAGAAAUAUGUUUUUAAGGAAUUGGAAAUUGUCAGUAGAUUAUAUAAUUACUGGUUCAAAUGUUUAAGAAUGUAAUCAGAAUUCUAGUAAUGAAAUUGGGAGUUGUUCUUAAUAA